AUGGGGAAAGGGCAGGAAUUUGUACCAGACAGAAAAAACAUACACUGCCUACAGAGAUACACAGAUAAGAAUUAUAGCAGAAUUCCUGGUAAAACCAUGCAAACAAAAAGACAGUGGACUGUCCUGGAAGCUGUGGCUGGGGAGUAUGCCCUGGUUAUCAACGGUCACAGCCUGGCCCACGCGUUAGAGGCAGACAUGGAGCUGGAGUUUCUGGAGACGGCCUGUGCCUGCAAAGCUGUCAUCUGCUGCCGGGUGACUCCCUUGCAGAAGGCACAGGUGGUGGAACUGGUUAAGAAGUACAAGAAGGCUGUGACCCUGGCCAUCGGGGAUGGAGCCAAUGACGUCAGCAUGAUCAAAACGGCUCACAUUGGCGUGGGCAUCAGCGGGCAGGAAGGGAUCCAGGCGGUGCUGGCCUCUGACUACUCCUUCUCCCAGUUCAAGUUCCUGCAGCGCCUUCUGCUGGUGCAUGGACGCUGGUCUUACCUGCGAAUGUGCAAGUUCCUCCGCUAUUUCUUCUACAAGAACUUUACUUUCACCAUGGUCCACUUCUGGUUUGGCUUCUUCUGCGGCUUCUCAGCCCAGACAGUCUAUGACCAGUAUUUCAUCACCCUUUAUAAUAUCGUGUACACCUCCCUCCCAGUCCUGGCUAUGGGGGUCUUCGAUCAGGACGUCCCGGAGCAGCGGAGCAUGGAGUACCCCAAGCUGUACGAGCCAGGCCAGCUGAAUCUCCUCUUCAACAAGCGGGAGUUCUUCAUCUGCAUCGCCCAGGGCAUCUACACGUCCGUGCUCAUGUUCUUCAUCCCCUAUGGGGUGUUUGCUGAAGCCACUCGGGAUGACGGCACCCAGCUAGCUGACUACCAGUCCUUUGCGGUCACCGUGGCCACUUCGCUGGUCAUCGUGGUCAGUGUGCAGAUUGGACUGGAUACUGGCUACUGGACGGCCAUCAACCACUUCUUCAUCUGGGGCAGCCUGGCGGUUUACUUUGCCAUCCUCUUUGCCAUGCACAGCAAUGGGCUCUUCGACAUGUUUCCAAACCAUUUCCGGUUUGUGGGUAAUGCCCAGAAUACCCUGGCCCAGCUGACGGUGUGGCUGACCAUCAUGCUCACCACGGUCGUCUGCAUCAUGCCUGUGGUCGCCUUUCGGUUUCUCAGGCUGAACCUGAAGCCGGAUCUCUCGGACACGGUCCGCUACACCCAGCUGGUGAGGAAGAAGCAGAAGGCCCAGCACCGCUGCAUGAGGCGGGUGGGCCGCACGGGGUCCCGGUGCUCUGGCUACGCCUUCUCCCACCAGGAGGGCUUCGGGGAGCUCAUCAUGUCUGGCAAGAACAUGCGGCUCAGCUCCCUGGCGCUCUCCACCUUCACCACCCGCUCCAGCUCCAGCUGGAUUGAGAGCCUCCGCAGGAAGAAGAGUGACAGCGCCAGCAGCCCCAGCGGAGGGGCCGACAAGCCCCUCAAGGGGUGAAGGCCAGAAGGCGGACGCUCCAUGCCGGUGGUCAGUCAGC